AUGACCAUCAUCACUAUCAUCACCUUCAUUGCCACUGUCACCAUGAUCACCACCAUCACCAAGAUCACCAUCACCAUGAUCACCACUAUCACUGCCUUCACUAUCACCAUGACCACCAUGACCAUCAUCAACAUCAUCACCACUAUUACCACCAUCACUGCCUUCGAUGAGGUCGAGUGCUUCUCAGACUACAUGGCCCUGAGGAUCCCAAGGAACCAUGUGGAGGGUUUGAGGAAAUGGCUGGGCAGAAUACUGCACUUGCCAGGGACCUGGAGGACCCCCCAUCGCUUGGAUCCUUUUCUUGCUAAAUGUGGCUACUUCCUGCAUCCCAAUCCUGAUGGUGACUUUGUUUUUCGAGUUCUGUACUCGGCCUGUUUUGUGCAGAAGGAGAAAGCAAAUUAUAGGUUGGAAAUCAGAAUAUUUCAGAAAGGGGUGAGGAGGUUGGAGCAGAGUGACGGCUAUGUAAUGAAGUGUCCGAUGACAACGCUGAGGCUGGGCCAAGUGCACGUCCACUGUGGGCCCACGUUCGUCCAGGUCUCACGGCCACUGCCCCUGGGAAGCUCCAGUGGAAGGACCCCGUGGCUGGUGUCCCUUCGAGGGGAGCUGGUGGCCUCCCUGGAAGAUGCCAGCCUGAUAGGAUUGUACGUGGACAUCAAUACCACCACCAUCACCAUUCAAAGCCCAAGGCCAGAGCUUCUUCAGAGGUGGGAGGUGCUGAACACCUCCACGGAGCUCCUGUCACUCUGGCUGGUCAGCGGCUACUUGGCCUAUUCUUUAGAAGUCACUUGCCCACCGGUGUCAUCCAAGCCCGAGUUGGAGGUCUUCAUUCACAUCCCCAGGCAGAGACUGGGUCUGGUCAGAAGAGGUUCCCACGUCAAGGAAAGCCUGAGCCUACAGUUCCUCCGAGUUCAUCAAUCCAGCACAUUCACAUUCACUGAAAGCCAAGAUUUUGUGGUGAUCAGCAUCCCGGCAGCUGAGGUGCUUCAGGUGCAGCAAUGCCAGGAAGGCCAAGGAGUCCCAGGAACACAAGCUUUCUAUAGAAUAGACCUCAGCCUGGGAUUUGUAGAGAUGGCUGCCCCAGUCCUGUGGACAGUGGAGAACUUCUUUCCGUGUGUGGGUUCGGGGACAGAGUUGCCUGCCUCAGCUACCAUGCCGAGGACCGUUCCCUCCUCCCUGUCCCCAGGACCAGAGACGCUUCCAGUGGGUAUGCCAUCUGCUGCCUCCUCCCUGCUCCAAACUUCAGGGUCAGCUGCCGCAGGGGGCCUUGGGGGAGAGCUUUCUCAAGCUUUGGAAUGUUCCCCAGAGAAAGUCGGGGACCCCAAGAGCCCCCACCUGAAGGCACCCCCUGCCGGAUGUCCUGCCUCCUCCACAGCUUCCCAGUACUCUGAGAGCAAAGGGGCUUGGACCACACCUGCAGAUGGACAGACCUCUGGGAAGAAGCUGGACAUCCACUGUCUCCGAUCACCUCUGGGUGAUGCAGGCUCGGAGGGGCCAGACCUCCGAGUGGAAGCAGGGCUCCCUGGACACUCCCUGCUUUCAGCCACACCCUCCUCAGAAUCGACAGGAGCUGUCCAGGCCAGCUCCAGGUGGUCAAGGGAGGAUGUGGCUGCAACAGAGCCCAUCCCAAGGGAGCCUGACCAGACCAGUGAGGAAUUCCAGCCAUUGAUGAGGCCCUCGAUGACCAGCCCAGCUGAAAAGCCAUCAAGUUCCCACCACUCCUCCAGGGGGCCCCAGGAAACAUCCUCCACAGCGGAGGCCACAAGGCCUCCCCAGAAGGGGCCUGACUCCAUCCAGGAGAGAGCCAGAGAGCACCUGGACCUAUCGUCCCCAGAACCCCAUCAGGACACAGAAGGGCUGGGACUCACCACCCUGCUGGCAGGGGUCCUGUGGCCUCCACCUCGAAGAAACUGGCAACCUAAUUCACAGGAGGGUCAGGAAUGCCAGACUCAGCCCCCAGCCAGGCUGUGGAGUCAGUGUGUGUGGGGGGAAGUCACACACACAUCCAGCCCUUGGUCUCUGCAAAUGUAGAGCUUGUGGGCCCCCACAGAGACAUCCUCCCCUAGCCUCGUGGAGCUCGGACACCCAUCCCCUGCAGGCCAGGGGUCCUCCCAGCAGCAGCCAGUGGAGCCCAUGUUGGCAGCCAACCCUGAAAGUCAGUCCCCCGUACCUCAGAGCAUCACUGAGGGGUUUUCUGAGUGUUCCCCCUUGCCAGGCCUCCGAGGAGACCCAGAGCUAAGUCCUGGGGGUUCUCCAGGGGAUGGCGAGUGCUAA